AUGGGCGGCGACGCUGCGAGCCAAUGCCAGGUUGCACCGCCCAAGAAGCGAGGCCGCCCGCCCACCAAGCAGCUCUUCCACUCACAACCCAACACCCCAGCCACAACCAAAGCCACAACCAAAGCCACAGCCUCAGCCACAGUCAGCGACGACCCGAGGGCCGCUGGACUAUUCUUCAGCAUCGUCUUCUCCAGACGCGUCAUCUCCGCCAUCUUCGUCAUCAUCCUCGCCCUCGUCGUCAUCGUCGUCGCUGACUUCAUCAUCUUCGUUUUCGUUAUCUUGGCCAUCAUCGUCAUCGUCAUCGCAAUCCGCGAGGACUUUGACCACUACGCGAGGUCGCAGCCGCUGCCUCGCAUUCCAUCGUCGGCGGCGCUUCCACCGCUGCCGGUGCUCCUCCGCACGUCGAUCGCCCAGGCUGGCGUGCCCGAGGACGGGCUGGCGGUCGAACCCUACGCCCCGCCCAGCUAUCAGCCAGACCGCUGGCAGAGAGAGCAGGAGGAGUUCAUGCGAGCGCAGUGGGAGGAGCUUCAUCGCCGCACCAUUCGUAAGCGGAAGGAGCGGGCCGACGAACGCGACGGCCUUCACGACGACGACCCCUACGGGGGUCGCCACCGCAGCAGCAGCAGCCGUCAGCAGCCCGCGGCUCACCCGCUCGACCAGCAGCUCGGCCCCACCGCCCGCCAGCCAACGAUGACAUCGACCUACGCGACGGGCUACAGCCCAUUGUCGGGGGGACCGUGGCCGUGGCCGACCGACUCUCGCUUUGGCGGCGGCAGCGGCGACGACUGGUGGCCCGCGUUCCGCGGUGGUGGUGGAUCGCGGGGCAUCCCCAGGAACCCGGCGCCGCUGGCACUCGAGCACGUCAUGCCCUUCCUCGCCGACUACGACUUCACUACCAUCCCGCUCGUCGUAACCACACUUCAUCAAGCAUUCAUUGCGAUGCAGAUCCCGGAACCCAAGGACUUCCAGGGCCUGGGGCUGCCGAGGGUCCUCUACACCUCGCCCGGCUAUGCCUCUCUCAGCCUGUUCCCCACGGAAGAGGAGGUGGGCAAGUUGGCGUUUUCCAUAUUGCCCGAUCUGGAGAACAUGUCGCUGCUGGUGGCCCACCUCCUGAUCGGGAUCCCCGAGAAGCCCUUCACCGUGGGUCCCGUAUUCCGCUGCCUGUGCUACAUACUCCAAAAGGGCGGCAACGCCAUCCAGGUCUCCUGCUGCGUUCAGAAUCUCUACUCCCGCCGAGGCCUCGUGAAGUGGCAGAUCAUGGUGGUGGACGGGGUGGUGGGUCGAGCGGCGACGCUGCCGCCCUACAUGGGCACCAUGCAGAAGGACGACCUCAUGCGCGACUACCUCCACUCGCGUAUCUCGCACUACAUCCACCUCCUGGACGCCUCCACGUCGCGAUCUUCGGUGCGGGCGACCAUCGAGCAGCAGGAGCCGCAGCACCACCACCGGCCCGACGUCUACCCCACCCACUUGCUCUGGGAAUGA